AUGCCUAUCGAAUAUUGUAUUUCCUUAAGCGAUAAUGAAGAUAAUGAUAUCUCUGAUGGGUUUGUUGCUAUUAAUCCUGAAGGUGAGAGCGGGUAUGGAGUUAGUAAUCUCGGUGCUGGUUACUCUGUUGGCCGUAGUUUGGACACUGCUCGCUAUUCCAACAGAAGGAGACUUGGUCCAUCUGCACCUCGUCCUACCUACUCUAGUAGGGAAGAGUUGACAGCGGUAGCGAAUGUCGAGCCCAGCAAUGAUACAACUUUCCAGUUGAGGGAAUCCUGGAAAAAGGAAAUUAGAUAUGCACUUGUCCUGGCUUACCAAAAUUUCCAUUUUAAAAAGGUCAACCUUGCCUGUCAAACUGAGACAGUUGAAGCAGGUCCUAAAGCCUAUAUUGGGGGAUUAAAGAUUAUCCCUUGGACCCUGAUUAUUUCAUAUUCACUGAAAACACUCAGAUCCAUAAUAUGA